UGUCCGCACACCACAAGCUGCUACGCGUCACCCCUCCCCCAAUCUUUCUCUAAUAAAACCACUCCUCCCCCACAAAACUCCUCACAAAUUGCAAGCACAUCUGAAGUGCAUCAAGAGAGGAGGAAUUCUUUAACCUCGUAGACAGAGAUGGAUCCAUCAGGCAACCCCAUUCAUCACCACACCGGGGGCAUCGGCGAUCACGGAGGCCAGAAGCUUCAUGAUGAGCACGGCAACCCCAUCUCUGGCCACGGUAACGUUGGCUACGUUGAUCACCACCACACUGGUGGUAUCGGCGAACACAAAACUGGAGGCCAGAACCUCCAUGGUGAGCCAGGGGUGCUGAGGCGGUCGGGGAGCUCGAGUUCUUCGUCGAGCUCUUCGGAGGACGAUGGAUUGGGGGGAAGGAGGAAGAAGAAGAGUGUGAAGGAUAAGCUUAAGGAGAAGUUGCCGGGAGGACAUAAGAAUGAGCAGAAUCAGCAGCAGCAGCAUUUUGAUCAUGGAGUGGCUACGGGGGAGCAGACGCAUGAGAAGAAGGGUAUAAUUGAGAAGAUUAAGGAGAAGCUACCGGGGAGUCAUAGCCACUGAGGCUGUUUGGAAUGUGGCAGUCGUUGGAGUGACUGUGCCUUCGUUUUUUGUUUUGCUUGUGUUAGUUUAUUAUCUAUUUUGUGUUUCCUUUCUUGCGGUGCUUAAUGCCAUUUCUGGUCUGAUUAUUAUUGUCUAAUGCUCUAAGCUUUAUUUUCAUAAGGAUGUUUUAUCUCUGUAGUUAGUAGUGCGAUUUAUGCACGAUUUUUAAAGUCUGAAUAGACGGGAUUGCUCCGUCCGCAGGUUCUCAUGUUUUUAUUUCUUGAA